AUGUAUUUGAACCUCCUUUUGGCUGCGCUUCCGGCUAUUGCCAGCGCUCACGUCCUUCAGAAGAGAGAUUACUGGGGCCCAGCUUUUUCUUCGGGUCCUACUGCUGGUGGCGCUAAAAUUGUAUAUGCCGCCAUGACCCUUACCCCUGGACUGCCUCCCCCCAACCCCAAAGGCGAUCUCUUCAUUUGGCCCGGCGUUGGUGGCGACAAAGAUCUCUUGCAGGUUGUUUUCAUGACAGCCGAGAACUGCCAGGCGGACGCCGAGAGCUGGUGUGUCCAGCCGUAUGUUGCCGGACCACGUUAUGUUAACGGGCCGGUUGGUAUUGCUCAUGCCAAUGACAAGAUCCGUAUUGAGUACAAGCUUCAAGCUGACAAGGUGCAUUGGGUUCAGAGUGCGACCAACAUUGCUACCGGCAAGCUGCUUACUUCCCUUACCUCGGAUUCGGGCUUGCACCAAAGCGGCGUGGGCACUGCUGUGGAAUGUAACAAGGACUGUGCAACCACCGUUUCUGAACACACUUACGUUGACUGGGAAAUUCGCCUCGACAAGGCCGAUCCCAACUUCGCUGAUACUUUUGGAGUUAGCCAAGGCGCCACCUACACCGGUAUGACUUCGGAGCAAGGCGGCAAGAUCUGGAAGAUUGCCAAGAUUGUUAUCCCCAAAAUGCGCUAG